AUGGACGCAUCGACUCCUCUCCUCGACACACCCAAACGAGCAUCUCUGCAGUCUCAAGCAGACGCUCUUCGCAUCGACUUGAAAGAAUAUGAGCGGUCAUUCGCUGCGAGCCACGGCGGCCGCAAGCCAGGCAAGGGCGACAUCAAGGCGGACGCUGUCAUUGCAGCAAAAUACAAAGAAUACAGUCGAGUGCGCGAUGUGCUUGCUGGAAAACGCGGCAUUGAUGCAUUGAACACACCUCGCCGACACCAGAGUACUCGACGGCACGGACGGUCGGACAGUGCAAUUGCAAUUGGCCUGACACCGCAUCGAAGCCGGAAGAGCUUUUCUCCUUCAAGACCGCAAUGGCAUCCCAACGACAUCGACCCUUACGACCCGCCCGCAUCGAUAUCACCGAAAGUGAUACCCCGGGCCAUUGGACCGACUCCGCGAAGAGAUGGCACGGUGCUGGGCAUAUUCGACCUGCUCUCAACGUCAGGGUCUAGGAAAAGCGUUGGAAGCACACCGGGAAGCAGAAAGAGGAAGAUUGAUGCUCUUUACGAUGGAGGUGUGGACCUUGACUCGCAAGAGCUGCCGGUGGCCCAAACCCCGAGCCAGAAACCCAGACCGUCGAGUUAUACUCGAGAUGGAGGUCUUCUGGCUACCACGCCGUCAACAAGAGUGUCCGCUGGAAAGCACUUGCACUCCAAGACCCCGAUCAGCGAAGGCAGAAAAUUCAUGCUGGAUCACUUCUUCGCAACCCCCAGUGCAAUCAGAUUUGCGACCAUGAUCAGUGGUGAUGAUGAGGCAGAUGCUCCGAUACAGAAUAAAACUCCGCUUCGUGACUUUGUCCUCAAACCCACUCCGACGAAAGACAAUGGCCCGGGCAACGCGACAGCGAACGCCAACGACUUUACCCCCCCUUACUUGAAGCGGACUUUCUCCUUCAAAGAGAGACUUUUCGCAGCCUCUGGAGCCUCUGGAGGCAUGUCGAGUCCCACAUCCACUAGACGAGGCCCGCGACGAAGCCUAGGACAUGUCAAAAGCGCGCCGAAACCGUUGAGUCAGAUCAUAGCAGACCUGGAGCAAAGCAGGCAGGAGACACAACAACGAGACGACAAUGACGAUGAAGAUGACCUUGACGCACUGAGGGAAAUGGAAGCCAAUGAAGUCAACGUCCUCGUCAAUGAUAGUCAGCCCGUAGAUGGAGUUUCGACUGUGAUCGCCGCAGGAGAGGACCCGGCACCGAGGGUAUGGAAGAAACGGGGACAGAAAAGGACAACAAGAAGAGUCAUGAUAAGACCGGUGAAAAUGAAACCAUCUGCAGCGCCUCGGUUUGUCGCUGAUGACGAGGAUGAGGACGAUGAUGAGUUUGAGGCUCCGCGUGUCGACGAGUCCGAAAGUGAGGAUGAACUGGCUGUUGCCGCUGAGGCUGCUUGCGUAGGCCUAGCGGGUUCACAUACGGAACAUGUUUCUGUUGAAAAUGAAGAAUCUGAUGACGGCGGAUUCGAGGAACCAGACAUAUCCGACGAUGCGGACGAACACCUACCUGUGAACGAUGGACCUGCCACCAAGAAGAAAGUGACAACAAAGUCAAAACGCACAUCAUCUACCACCAGACUAGAACCACAACCAUCCCUCCACCCCGAUGGCUUCGUAAAGACCAAAUCCAAGUCCAAACCCUCGAGAAAUCUCACGACAAGCAGCACGGCCGGUCGAGACGAGAGUACGACAACCCGCAAGAUCAAUCCGAACGCCUACUCGCACAUGAACUUCCGGAGUCUGAAGAUCAAGAACAAGAAUUCGAGGGCCAAGAGAGCAAGCGGAGGGGGAGGCAGGUUCUCGCGAGCUAGGAGGUGA